GAAGACAGGACAACUCGGAAUCUUAUAACUAAUUAUCUGAAAAUGGAACGAUACGAGGUGAAACAAGAAAAAAUAAAGAAGUUGACCGUAAAAGUCAUCGGGGCAAGAGGAGUGACUGUAGGAAAAUGGUCAGACAGAGUGGAUACACCAGACCCGUAUGUCAUGCUCCGUGUUCGAACAAGUCCGAACGCAAAACAAAAAACAACGACAAAAAAGAAUGAUGUCAAUCCAGUAUGGAACCAGAGUUUCACAUUUUAUUUAAAUCCGGAAAGAAGAAAUAUAUUAGAAUUGAUAAUGAUGGAUGAAGAUUUCGGAUUCGAUGAUAAAGUCGGAAGGGAAGAAGUCAAAAUUGAUCAUCUCCAGGUCGGAGAAAGCAAAGUCGAGACAAUUGAUUUUAGGAAGAAUAAAAAUAAAAACAAGUCCGCCGAAAAUAAAAAGCAAACCACUCUGGAUAUUGAACUCUCCGUAACUUACGAUGACACGAGAGAACUGAGGUUGAGCUAUGAUCUUUGUGAGGAAGAAAAAGAUUUUCUCAAGAAACGAAAAGAAAUCAUAUUGGAAAGUAUUCAAAAAAUAUACAGUGAAAAAGAAGAACCCAGUUAUGAUCUACAAGACGGAAAUAGAGAAGAUUUUCUCCAGGAACCCAAUGAAAAGAAACGAAAAGCAAUUCCAAAAAUUCGCGAUGGAAAAGAAGCACCUGCUUCGGUGAAUCAGGUACCAACUAUUGCUAUCAUGGGAUCAGGAGGUGGUUAUAGGGCAGUUUGUGGUUUAGCAGGAGUAUUCUGUGCUCUGCAAGAAGGAGGAAUCUUAGACUGUGCUACAUAUGUCACUGGACUAUCCGGAUCAUCAUGGUACAUAUCAUCAUUGUAUGCAAGAGAAGGCUGGCCGGAUCACUGGUCUUGUGAGGAUAUGGCCAAAGACCUACAGAAACGCUUCGAUACCAAAAUCCACAGCCAUUUUGAUCUGUUUGACAUUAGGCGUUUCCUGGGACGAAAGGCAGACACUGGGCAACUUGUACGCUUUACCGAUGUAUUCGGCAUGGUUAUUGGAGACGCAUUGCUUACGAGUCAAGUGUCAAAAUUGAGUUACCAGACUCAAAAAGUAAAGCACGGAGAACUACCGCUGCCCAUUACCACCGGAAUUCGUGUUCGCAAGGAUUUACCAGCGGCCGAAUUUAACGAAUGGGUAGAGUUCAGUCCCUUUGAGUACGGCAUCGCUAAAUACGGCGUUUUUGGAAAAACCGGUGAAUUUGGCGGGAAAUACUACAAAGGAAGUUUAGUGAAGAAGUAUGAAGAAGCUCCACUGCAUUAUUUACAAGGAAUUUGGGGAAGUGCUUUCAGCAUCAUCUUGAAUACACUGAAAGACCGUAACAAGAAAUCCGAAGAGGAAACAAAGAAAGUUGUAUUAAAAGAGACGGGGCAAUUGAAAGCUGAAGAUGACGAUAGCGAAGAUGAAGAUUACGAUGAAUUUAAUGAUGAAGGCUGGAUACGACAAAUGUUUAAUCCAUGGAAUAUAAAAUCAAAUCGUCGAGGAAAAGCUGCUGAAACAUUUAACAUCCUCCGUGGAUUAAGAUUUAAACGAUCACAAGACGCAGACUUUGACGACGCUCCCGGUAAAGAUAAGACGAUGUGCAUUGUGGACAGCGGUAUUGCAUUUAAUUCGCCGUAUCCAGCAAUGCUACGACCAGAGAGAAAAGUCGAAAUUAUCUUGUCGUUCGAAUUCAGCGAUCGUGAAGGGGGAGACAAAGAGUUGCCGUUUAAGGAACUGUUGAAAGCAGAAGAAUGGGCAAAGGAUCAUGGUCUUCCAUUCCCACAAAUCAGAGGGAACCCAGUCACGGAGGAUCCUGAUAUUCGCGAAUGUUAUGUCUUUGAAAACAAAGAAGACGUCAAAUGUCCAACCAUCCUGCAUUUUCCACUUGUGAACAAAACAUUCAGAAGUUGCUACGUCAAGCCAGGGACAUUUUGUGAUACAGAGGAAGCUCGCGAUUUUGCCAAAUUCGAUAUCUUUGAUGACCCUGAGGAUCCCUAUUCAACCUUCGAGUUUCAAUACGAGGAACGAGCAUUUGAUCGACUGAAGGAAAUGAUGAGAUUCAACACGUUGUUGAAUAUGGACCUCAUCAAGGAGAAGAUCGCAGAGCAAGUUACGUUCAGGAAGAACAAUCCUCACUUGGCUUAACUGUGAGCUUUCAGAAUGACUGCACAGACAGAUUUGCUGCACGGAAACCAUCUGUUCGUUUGAAUCAAAUGCAGAACUAGUUCGUUUGAAUCGUAAUGUUUAAUCUAGAAUAAUUUCAAUUCAGGACUCGUCUAUCGACUCGGUUCGAAUUAUAUUUAACUUUAACAAAUGAUCCAUUGUCGUU